UUACCUAAAGCAAAAGUGGAAAAGACUCACUGAAGGAUAGCCGCUAUGGCCAGGUCUGCAGUCUGUGGGGCGGCAUUCAUCGUGGUGCUAUUAUGCGUGCUCCUGACUACUCCUUACGUCAUUAAUGCAACGAUAACUUGCGGUCAGGUCGUCACCUUACUCACUCCAUGCAUCCCCUUUGGAGUAUAUGGAGGGACUGUGCCACCAGAAUGUUGUGCAGGCAUAAAAGGGCUCAAUGAUGCACAAAACACCACAGAGGAUCGGAGAACUGCAUGCAGUUGCAUUCAACUGGGGGCUGCAUUGAUCCCUGGGAUUGACUAUGACCGCAUUAACACGCUGGGCGAUCGAUGCGGCUCUCCUUGUCCGUACAAAGUUUACCCCUCUACUAAUUGCUCUGAGGUAAGCUGAAUCCGUUGAAGCCUUAAGCUUGAAGGCACUGUACUUUAGUGCUUGAGUAGGAGAGUAAGAAUAAAAGCUUCUGGGAAAGCUGUCAGCUGUUGUUUAAGCACACAAUGCUUUUGUGGUACUUGCGGGGUCAUAUAUAGUUUGUAUUGUAUGGAUCACCGGUAAUCCAAAUUGUGAUCUACUUAGAGAUUAAUAAAACUCUGCCCUUUUAUAUA